AUGUCUAAGAUGACUAAUGUUAAUUCCAGCCUAGCAUAUGAAAUACUUUUAUACUUGAACUCUUUCUAUUUAGGAAUGUUCUUCGUUUGUGAAGUGGCUAUGGGCAUUUUGAAAGCUAUAAAUGUUACUUACCCGGAGAACGCUCUCCUGACUGAAGCCGGGAUAUUUUGUACCCUUUGUCUAGUUGAAGUUAUCCGAAUUUUCUUGGGCCGAAGAGGAAAUUUAGCCAGUAAAAAAGUGCCAGUAUUUUUCUCAGUGAUUUUAACAAUACCAUCUGCAGUUGGUGUAUGCUACUUUUUGAUAUAUCAGACCUACAUUCUCAGACUUGAGUACAUCUGGUGUGCAGUGAUGCUCAUGUUUCAUGCUCUUGAAUUUGUCUUUGCCAUUUUAUUCAUUUUGACUGUCUGCAAAAGUCAUCGGUAUGAAUAG